GAUAGAAGAACACGGAGGAGAUUCAGAAUAAAAAGCUGGAAAUACCUUUCGGUGAUCGCAAUAUUUUAUUUUUCUUCUAGCAUUUCAUCGGGAUUUCCUCUGAAGAGCCUAGCUAGCCGAAAUGUGCAACACAUGCUGAUCACGUCGUCGUCGACGACAAAAAAACCAGACACUUUCUGGAAAUACCGCAGAGAAAAAAAAAUUACGUAUCCGAUUGGAAUGAACCAGAACGAUGAUAAUACGUCUGAGAAACCUGACGACAAGGAACGAAAUGACGGGAAUAACCAACAAGGAGAGGAAAUAAAAAUACUCAGGAAGGAAUUYAAAAAACGGAUCUCACGACUGGAAGACAUUGUAUCGAGACAAGAAGUAGAGAUCCAUCGGCUCAAAAAUACCUGUGCAGAACUCUCGCAUGUAUCAGAGGCUUUUGGACAGCUUCUCAAGCUAUUGAAAGAGGCGGGACUCGAUGCAGACAAGCUCGACACAAAUGAAGAUGAUCUUGAUGAAAAAGAGGGAAUCAAAGGGAACGAUGAGUCMGCAGAAAGUAAUGGUACUACCAAUAAACUCGAAGCUUCAUUGGGAAAAGUAAUCGAAUCUUACGAUGAUGCUCUGAUUUUUGGGACCGCRCCGACGUCRGUCAUUGAUGCCGCCGAUGGUGCUGGCGCCGCCAUACUUGCUGCAAUGCUUGGUGGAAAGCAACGUAUGCUGGUUGAUGUUCGUGAUGCUGAGUUGAGCAAUGAUCCCGAAAUUCUGGUACAAUUUAUCGAGCUUGCCAUUCUUCCUAUUGCGGCUGGAUUGGAAGGCUUGAAAAGUACUCGAAACAGAGUAAAAAUUGUCUUUCCGAAAGUUUCCCAGCUGCUUGAGUAUAGACGGACGAUGGCACUGGCAGCUCCAGAAGUUGUUGCAUUGAGUACUUUAGGAUUUGAUCCAGUUGAGAAGAGAGAUAAACUUGUCGUGAUUGUUGCUCCCGAGCCUGACGACGAAGAGGGUAUUCAGGCAAUUCAGGAUCUUCUUACUCCAUCAGAAGAAGGUUUGCAGCCGAUUCAGCAGCCAGUUGUCAUUUUGAACUAUCACAUGGUUCCAUUCUCUGGUGUCGAGAUCAAAUUCGAAACAGCAUACCAUUUAAGAUUACUCGCUGUCCAGUUUAUGGCAGAUGCCAAAGUCGACGACAGUGUUGAGUUGGAAGAAGGAGGAAUCUCCGCAGAAGGGGACUAUUUAGAAAGCCAACAAACUGCGGAAGUUCAAGAUCUGGAAGUUGAAAAGGACUCAGAAAGUGAGGAMAGUGACGAUGACGCAUUGGAAAGCGCGAUGAAGCAUGCUCACGAACCAGGAGUCAACGAAGGAGUCACAAGAGCUAUGGUGAUUCGGGCAUAUCCAAGGCCCUGGCAUAUUUUCGUUGACUUGUCGCCAAACACAAACGCAGAUUUUGAAGUUGCUGCAACCUUUGACGAAGAACCUACAAUGGAUGAGCUCAAUUUUGCAAUUGUCGAAUGCUUGGAAGGUAGUGAGCGGGAAGACGAGAUUGUUGCUCAACAAAUGCAACAAGCGCUUGAAGAUGGUCAAUURAACGAGGUAUCUAGUAUGCUUAGUGAAACUCUCGACAAAUAUUUUAACGAUGUGGAAGAUGAGAUGUCACUGGGAGAUGAUGACGAUGACGAUGACGAUUUUGACAUGUUCGAAGAAGACAGCGUGUAAGAAUCGACUCAACAAUUGAUUCCCCUAAAGCUACGAUUCAAAGUGUAAUCCAACAUUUUCACCUUCAAUACAAUGAUAGACGUUGU